AUGGCUUUAAGAGGAAGUUCUCGUAUACGCCUGCUACAAGGUAGCCGAUGGAUCGUAAUGCUCGCACUCGGCUUAGUUGUAGCAAUAAGUAUUGCUAUUCCUAAUGUAAUAAACAAUCAAAAUGAUGCAACUCAAACUCUCGAAACAGAAGCUGCAGUCACAAUUACUGCAGCCACGAUAACAGCACAGCCCGAAGCAACACACUUAGCCGCUCGCAUGAUGCCGCGCAUCGCGUACAACAUUCCGAUCAUUCCCCGCGUUUAUGUUCGCCCCCAACAACAACAACAACUACAACUACAACCACAACAACAUCCACAACAAGUAGUACUAGCACAACGUCGCGAACAACAACUACCUCCAGUACGACACGUACAACCACCACAUCAGCUACGACGACUACAACCUCCAGCACAACAACAAGUACCAAAUCAACUUCGACCACUGGAACCACAACACGUACUACCACAACUCGAACAACAAGUACAACUUCGACUACAACAACCACUAGCACCACUCGCACUACAAGUACAACUUCGACUACUAGCACUACAGCAACUACUACUAC